GCAGUGUCUCGUUCACCCGUUCGGUUGCUCACUCCUUCCCUUGCCUUGCCUUGCCGAGCACAUCAGCUCUCACCGCCGGAUAACAUCAAUUAUGGCCGAAAGCCAAAUGAGCGCAAUGAGUGAGAUGAGCUCCAUGUCUGGCAUGUCCGGCAUGUCUGGUAUGUCUGGGACGGAAAGCAUAGGACAGGACAAAGGCGGCAAUGAGUAAGUACAGCAGCGUACUUCCCGUACCAGGUAUGUCGCAUGCUGACAAUGUUCAUUACUUCCAGGAAAGCCAAAAAAAGGGGACUGAUAGCGAUGGCGAUUUGCUGCGUUCUCCUGUUGGCAUUAACCGUCGCUGUCGUCACCGGCGCAUUUGGGUCCAGUUCAGCCAACGAAGGGGGUGAAGGGGAUGGAGAUACACAGGGCUAUGACGAAAAUUACGACAUUCCUCCUCCUAUUCCUUCAACAACUACUGCGAGCACAACGACGACCACGACAACCACGACCACCACCACAACCAAGGCUCCCCUACCAGAGAAGACCAUCACUUGUGUUGCGUAUUGGACAAACAAAGCAUUCUUUCCAUCGGAUGGCAUCUGUGACAUCCUGUUAUUUACGCAACCGUCGCCUUUUCCAUCUUCAGAAGCACUGUUUUCACAGUUUCUUACAAAUGCUCAGAGUAGUCAACGGACGAAGAACGGGGUAGACAUAGCGGCCUCCGUUGCUGCCACCGUUUACCAACAGCUGAGAUCCGCCAGUGGUAAGCAGGGGAUGAGGUCGUACUGGAUGGAUAAGGUAACGGUGUUUUCCACCCUUGACCUCGACCUGAAGACAUCCACCACGGAUGCAGAAAUCAGCAACAUCAUCAAUCUGCUGAAGGAAAUCGCUUCGCUUCAGGAAGAGUUCAAAAAGUCCAAGGAUGCGUACGCGUACAUUUUGUUCGGCGCCGCGCCGCUGUUCGAGGGGAAAAAUGACGCUACUGUUAUGAAUAUUUUGAAGACCAAGUUUCAGCGGGUGAUCAACGAGGCCAAACCCGAUUUGGUGCUCUACCGCACAGCACUGUUAAAGGAUUUAUCUGGAACAAAUUGCCGUGAAACUGGUCACACUGUGUGGGAAAACGCUCCUCUGCCCCACAUUCAGGCGUCAUUCGUCGAGUGUCUUGGAUUCAGAAACCAGAUCCGCUUGCCGCCGGCAACAAGAGAGGCCCUAGCGUUUCACAUGGGAGGUCGCUGGAGUGAAUUUAACAACAACACUUUCACAGACUCCGAGUUAGCGGCGCCGUUGGUGAUACCAAGCGGCAAAGUAUGCAAUCGGAGUAGCUCGUACUCGAGCCUCCGUUACCUCUGCUCUGAUCCCGACGACCAUGAACAGACACAUAAAAGGUUCUAUGACUACCAUUGCUAUAACGGGACACAUGACGUCAUCGACCAGAAGAGAGUGUUGCGGCUGUUGCGUGCAAAUACAUUAUGGGUGCUCGCUACUGACACAAACACCACAAUGAGAGUAAAGAUGUGCAAGGCAAAACAACAGGGCUUUCACGGUGGCUACGUCAUGUUCGGCUUGCAGUACAUUAUCCACAGUGGCGAGCUAGAAAAGAACAUCUGCAAUGACACCUACAGCGAUGGCUACAGGGAUAUUCUCCACGUCAAGGAUUAUCUGAACGACAAUUUCCGUGUGUGCCCAUCAUUGGAAAAUUGGAAGAAACUACCCGACGACUGCACGUGAAAUAAAUUCCUGUCCUGGUGAUCAUUCUUGA